UGAGCACUCAUCCUGAACAGAUGAGAACAUCUACCAAGACCGUGCAUCACACAUCCGUAGCCAGUUUGGCUCAAGUCAUCCUGGUCAAGGCACAAGGGCUAGCUAGUGCAAGACGCGUGCUUGCCGGCUGGCCACCACUCUGACAGCACAUGUCCGUGCUCAUGGCGACGUUUCAGGAUGGCGAGGCUGCCUUCGCCAACCCGAUCAAGAGCAAGACGGCGCUCCCCAACUCCCCGGGAGAAAACUCGUUCCCUACGCGGUGCCCGUCGUCGGAGCUGUUGACCUUCGAUCGGUGCGAUCACGACCACGACCACGACACCACCGCGCCGCAGAAGGGCGGCGACGAGCUGGAGCUCCUCGAGCAGGUAUUCCUCGAGCCAGUCAUGUACCUCCCCAGGAGGUGGCCCGCGAUGGCAGCGCAGAAGGAGGCCCCCCUCCGGCGUCUCCGGUCCGAGGCGUACUGGGAGCAGCAGACCACGCUCGGCCAGCGGACGAGAUGCACGCCCUGGGGGACGGGCGUCAGGCAGCGCAGCGCGACCUCCGAGGAGGACUUCCCCGGCACGGCGGCGGCCGCGGUGCCCGCGCUGGAGGCUGCCGCGGGCGGUGGCGAGGGCGCCGCGGAGGGCGGCGCGGCCGAGGGCGCCGCGUGCUGGGCGGGCGCCAUCUCCCGGGUGCUGCGCCGCAGGGUGCGCGGGCCGGCGCCGAGGCCCCGAGCGCCCGCGGCCGCCCCCCCGCCGUCGCGCGGCCGCUCGUGCAGCGUCGCCGCGGUUUUGCGCCAUGCAGGGGGCCCCCUGUGAUCGCUCGUGCCGUGUGCCUGGGCCUGGUCGCGGACCGAGCGACCACGGCAGCGGGGUUCUGUGAGCUGCCUUGAGGGUCAGCAGCAUGCCUGGUUUUUUUUAGAGUGCCCGGUCUCGAGCAGAGUGGCUACGGUGAUCAGCGGCGUGAGCAGUUUCCUCCAGGGUCAGCAGCGGCUCGCAUCUGUGAGUGCUCCGGCCUACAUGGAACGAUUUGGCGAUCGAAACGCCGCCGAUGCUGAAGCAUGGCGCUCCUUCACACCCGUUUUUCAAUGUCUGCUCGUGGCUUAGCAGAGCUGGCUUGUAUUUUCCACAAGUUGACCCGCUCCUUUAAUUGUGGAGGCUGGGGGCCGUAAUUAAGGGCCAAAGAAGCACGUAUUCAGCUUGGUCCAUGGAGACGUGCAUAUGUUGGAACGCGGUGCGCAGCAGGAGGUUGGGGGGGAGGAUGUGGUGGUGCUGGUGUCGGGACAGAACCAACCACGCGCGUUCGCCAUGCAUCGGUCUCGCGAGUGCAUUGCGUAUCUGGAGGCAGUGUAGUCCCAUCUGUCUUUAUCGGCCGCUCUGCGUAAAGACCAUGCGCAGGCAACAUUACGCGAAUUUUUUAAUCGCAUAACAACUUUAUCAUGUGCGGUGUGAAGAGGCCCUUCACAUAUACCAUCUGCUAUCGCAUCGCUGCUUGGCUACUGCCCCCAGGAGCUUUCUUUUACGCGCUGCCCACGCCAUGCGCUUCUCUAAAGAAGCCGCCACGGGACACGGCGCCGGCCUGCUAGUCGCAUGACUUUGGGACGUUUUUAGGAGCGGCAUCCUCACGAUGACGCCUGCACCCCACGAUAUGGUUGUCGGUGCGCCGCCGUCCCUUCCCGUGAGCAAACAAAACACACAAGGCAUUGCAUGCCUGAGGAGCUGCACCCUUCGCUGGCAAUGCCUGGAGGGUGUCGUCGGCAAUGCGCCGCGUCACAGGGAGCUCCGGUCCUCAAGUGUCCGCGCUCCGUGCCGGAGAGGGAGGGCGAAGAGGGCGAGGAUGAGGAGGGCGGAUCGGAUCUCGACGGCGUCGGUG